AUGGUCCACUGGUUAAACAACAAUUUGUCGCAAUGGCCUGUUUUUUAUCUGAUACUAAUGUUUGUUCCGGAUUCAGUCAGUGCAAAAAUUCGCUACUCAAUUCCGGAGGAAUUGGAGGUUGGUACCUUUGUUGGGAAUAUUGCCACAGAUCUGGGAUUAGAUGUGAAGCAGCUGUUGGGGCGCAGAUUUCGAGUUGCAUCUGAAGGCAAAAAGCAACAUCUAGACCUGAAUAUAAACACUGGAGCUCUCAUUAUAAAAGAAAAAAUAGACAAAGAGCAGCUUUGCGAGAACGGCCUCUCAUGCGUGCUGGUGUUAGAGGCCGUGAUUGAAAACCCGUUAAAGCUAUAUCGUGUAGAAAUAGAGAUUCUCGACAUAAAUGACAACGCGCCCGUGUUCAGGACCAGCGAGCUAAGCAUUGAAAUCCCAGAAUUUGUCCUCGCGGGAACAAGCUUCCCGCUCCAGAGCGCGAUUGAUCCGGACGCUGGAACUAACAGUGUUCGCUCCUAUCAACUGAGUUCAAGCGAAUAUUUCACUUUAAAAACACAAUCCGAGAGCGAACAAACUGACGUCCCAGAACUCGUGCUGGAACGACCCCUAGACCGAGAACAACAAGCCGUGCAUCAGCUAACACUGACGGCGUUUGAUGGAGGAACCCCAGAGAAAUUUGGAACCACCCAGAUUAAAAUUACUGUGCUCGACGUGAACGACAAUGCCCCUUCUUGCGAACAGAACAUCUAUCAAACCACGACUGAGGAAAACAUACCCAAAAACACUUUGAUUGUGAAGGUAACUGCGAUUGAUAUGGACGAGGGUCUAAACGGUGAGAUAAACUAUGCUUUUAGCGAGCAGACACCUGAUAAAAUACGUGAGGUAUUUAGCUUAGAUUCAACAACAGGAAAAAUCAUAGUAACUGGAAUCUUGGAUUUUGAAGAAACAGAAAAUUAUCAGAUUUCCGUACAAGCUAAGGACCGAGGUGCACGUUCAUUGUCAGUAUACUGCAAAGUUUUGAUAAAGGUUACUGAUGUUAAUGAUAACUGCCCUGAAAUAGUGAUCACUACUACAUCCAGCUCAAUUCCAGAGGAUGCUGCCGAGGACACAGCAGCAGCUCUUUUCCGAGUUACAGAUCGAGAUUCUGAUAAAAAGGCAAAUAUUUAUUGCCGAAUCACCAGAGACAUCCCAUUUAGGCUUAAUAGUUCUUUUAAUAACUAUUACACGUUAGUUACAAGUGGCCAGUUAGACCGUGAAAAAGUGCCAGAGUACAACAUUACCAUUGUCUGUACGGAUACUGGCUCCCCUCCGCUCUCGGCAAACAAAACCAUUCGAAUUCAAGUCUCAGAUAUAAAUGACAAUCCGCCGCUUUUUACACAGCCUUCCUUCACCAUGUAUGUAUCAGAAAAUAAUGUUAUCGGUGCUUCAAUUGGUUCUGUGUCAGCCUUUGAUCCGGAUUUCAAACAAAAUGCCGAAUUGUCGUAUUCUAUUUUGGAUAGCCUCAUACACGGCUUCCCUGCAUCCACUUUGGUUUCAAUAAACGCAGCCAGUGGUGUGAUGUUUGCACAACGCUCGUUUGAUUUUGAGCAACUAAAAAAAAUUCAGGCCCAUGUGCAAGUAAAAGAUUUUGGAUCCCCUCCUCUGAGCAGUAACGUAACAGUGAAUGUAAUCAUCGUGGACCAGAAUGACAACGCCCCUGUUAUCGUGUCACCUCUGCCAGUCAAAGGGUCUUCAGCAGAGGACACAAUGCCAAGAUCUGCAGAGCCAGGUUACUUGGUUGCAAAAGUGACAGCCACUGAUGCCGAUUCUGGUCUGAACGCUCAAAUCUUUUACCAACUGCGUCAGCCGACUGAUGAAAGUUUGUUUACUGUGGCUUCAGAAACUGGAGAAAUUUGGACGAUUCGUCGCUUUGGGCAUAAAGAUUCACUCAGGCAAAAAAUCGUAAUUUUGGUGAAAGAUAAUGGAACCCCGUCCCUUUCAUCAACAGUCACCAUCAAUGUAUCAGUACAGGAUGAUAUCACAGAAAAUGCAUCUAAUAUCGGCACAUUGGGUAACGCUGGGCCAUGGAAAUACGAUUUAAAAUUCUAUUUAAUGUUGGUUUUUGGCUCAACCUCGAUCCUGCUGCUUGUGGCGAUUGUAAUCCUCGCUAUUAAGGUGCGCAGAGAUAGAAAUGGAAUUAGCAGCUACUCUUGCUGUUGGCACCCGUCUUACUUUUCGAGGAAAAAUUCUCACCAUGGAAUCCAAAAGGUGAGUGCGAGCCUUCAAAUUCCACCCAAUUAUACAGAGGCGUAUGAAAGCGGGACACGCCAGCAAACAUUUGAUUAUGGCAAACGUCAUGGUUGUGCCUUGAACGAUUUUACCUUCCUACAGUUAGAAGGAGUGGCCGCGCCCAAGAUUGAUAUCAAGAACGGCGCAUGUCACUCCGCAGAAUAUAGAAAUUCCACGAACAAGGAUACAGCUACAUUUCAGGAGGUGAGUGCUUUGCAGCUUUGCAGAAGUAUUAAAAUUCUUUUAUGUGUUACGUUGGCGACAAAAGCAAGCACUGUGGUGGCAUGA